GCAAACAAAAAGGACACAUGUUUGGGGGUCCAGUAUUUUCUUGUUGAAGAACCAGACGGGGCCCAUCUUUAUAACAAGUUUCGUGUUUCAACAGUAGUAUUAUAAGAAUCCAAGACAAGAUGGUUAGAAAGAAAAUUGAUAAUCGCAUUCGGAUUAUGAUAGAAAAUGGAGUAGCAGAACGACAUCGCAGUUUGUUUGUCAUAGUUGGAGACCAUGGGAGAGACCAAGUUGUUAUUCUGCACCACAUGUUAUCCAAAGCAGCCAUCAAGGCCAGACCAUCUGUGUUAUGGUGCUACAAAAAGGAGCUGGGAUUCAGUAGCCAUAGGAAGAAAAGAAUGCGUCAGUUGCAGAAGAAGAUCAAAAGUGGUAAGCUGGAUGUGAAAGAGGAUGACCCAUUUGAGCUCUUUGUGGCAGCAACAAAUAUAAGAUAUACUUAUUAUUCUGAGACACACAAGAUUCUUGGGAAUACAUUUGGGAUGUGUGUGUUACAGGACUUUGAGGCUUUGACUCCUAACCUCCUAGCCAGGACUGUGGAGACAGUAGAGGGAGGAGGUCUGGUAGUUCUGCUCCUCAGGACAAUGACAUCCCUCAGGCAGCUGUAUACCAUGACUAUGGAUGUCCAUGCUAGGUUCAGGACAGAGUCUCAUCAGGAUGUGGUUGGAAGGUUCAAUGAAAGGUUCUUGCUGUCUUUGGCAUCCUGUAAAAGAUGUAUGGUAAUUGAUGACCAGCUCAAUGUGCUCCCAGUAUCUUCACAUACGCUGCAAAUUCAGCCUGUGCCACCUAAAACUUCAGAUGACCCCCUGCCUCCGUCAGAGCAGGAACUAAAGGAACUGAAGGAGUCUCUACAAGACACUCAACCAGUGGGGGUGCUAGUGGACAGCUGCAAAACUCUGGAUCAGGCAAAAGCAGUGCUCAAAUUUGUUGAAGCAAUAUCUGAGAAGACUCUGCGCAGCACAGUGUCACUUACAGCUGCUCGUGGUCGAGGGAAGUCUGCCGCACUGGGCCUAGCCAUUGCUGCUGCAGUGGGCUUUGGGUACUCCAAUAUUUUUGUCACCUCCCCCUCACCAGAGAACUUGAAAACAGUAUUUGAGUUUGUAUUUAAAGGAUUUGACAGUUUAGAAUAUCAGGAGCAUCUAGACUAUGAGUUGGUGCAGUCCACCAAUCCAGAGUUCAACAAUGCUAUAGUCAGAGUGAACAUUUUCAGAGAGCACAGGCAGACCAUACAGUAUAUUCACCCUGGAGAUGCACACAAGCUGGGCCAAGCAGAACUGGUCUGUAUAGAUGAGGCAGCAGCCAUUCCAUUACCUCUGGUGAAAAAUCUUCUUGGUCCAUAUCUUGUCUUCAUGGCUUCAACAGUAAAUGGUUAUGAAGGCACUGGAAGGUCUUUGUCCCUGAAGCUAUUGCAGCAGUUAAGGCAACAAAAUGUGACAUUUGGGAAGCAGGCAACGGAUCAACAGAAAGGGGCACCUGGCGGGCUGGCUUCUGCCACAGGUCGCAUACUGCAUGAGAUAUCGCUGACGGAGUCUAUACGCUAUGGAGAUGGGGAUGCUGUAGAGCAGUGGUUGAAUGAAGUUCUCUGUCUGGAUGCUUCCAAUGUUCAGAGGAUCUCGUCUGGGUGCCCUGUCCCUGAGAAUUGUGAUUUGUACUAUGUGAACAGGGACACUUUGUUUUCCUAUCACAAAGCCUCUGAGGCUUUCUUACAGAGAAUCAUGGGGCUGUAUGUUGCUUCUCACUACAAGAAUACUCCCAAUGACCUUCAGAUGUUGUCAGAUGCUCCAGCACACCACAUCUUUGUUCUCCUGGGACCAGUAGACCCCACACAGAACACACUGCCUGAAGUGCUCUGUGUCCUACAGGUGUGCCUGGAAGGUGAGAUCUCUAAAUCUAACAUAAUGAACAGUCUCUCCAGAGGCAAGAGAGCAUCAGGGGAUCUUAUUCCAUGGACUAUCUCUCAGCAGUUUCAAGAUCAUGACUUCCCCCAGCUGUCAGGAGGCAGAGUGGUGAGGAUAGCCACCCAUCCAGAUUAUCAGGGGAUGGGAUAUGGGACACGUGCCUUGGAAAUUCUGCAACAUUAUUAUGAAGGCAAGAUACCCAGCUUAGUGGAAGAUGCUGUUGUGGAAGAAGCUGUUCCUACUGUUAGCAAAGACGCUGUGGGUCUUCUUGAGGAGAGGAUUGCACCCCGAAAGAACCUCCCACCAUUGUUACUAAAGCUCAGUGAGAGACCUGCAGAAAAGUUGGACUAUCUUGGAGUGUCGUAUGGGUUGACUGCAGGACUCCUGAAGUUCUGGAAGCGUUCUGGUUUUAUCCCUGUUUACCUUAGGCAAACACCAAAUGAUUUAACAGGGGAGCACUCGUGUAUUAUGUUGAAGGUUUUAAAUGAAGGAGAGAAGACAGAACAGGAAGAGGAGUCCUGGUUGAUGGCAUUCUGGAAAGAUUUCCGCAGAAGAUUUUUGUCUUUGUUAUCGUACCAGUUCCGCACUUUCCACCCAUCUCUCUCCUUAAGUAUUCUUCAACAGAAACAAUGCAAAGAAAAGGAAUCAGUAAUCAGUGCAGAAGAGUUGGACAACUACUUCACUAAAUAUGACCUGAAGAGGCUAGAGCUGUAUUCCCAGAACAUGGUAGACUAUCAUCUCAUCAUGGAUUUACUGCCAUCUAUAGCCAGGCUGCACUUCCUAAACAAGACAGGGGUUCACAUCAGUGCAGUACAAGCUGCUAUCUUGGUGUCCAUGGGUCUCCAGCACAAGAGUGUGGAAGAUGUGGAGAAGGACAUGGAGGUGCCGUCCAGUCAGUUACUGGGCUUGUUCAACAGGGUCAUACGGAAAAUGGUGCAGCAAUUCAACCAGAUUGCUGAAGAGGCAGUGGAAAAAGAUAUGGUUGCAAGAAAAGAGGUUAUCAUGGAACCAGUGAAGAAUUCUCUAGAUCAGGAAUUGGGUGAAGCUGCAGCAGAGGUCGCAAAGAAGCAGAAAAAGGAUCUUGAGUUACUAAAAGAUGCAGAUUUGAGCCAGUAUACAAUUAAAGGCAGUGAAGGAGACUGGGAAAAUGCCCUUACGAAAGGAACAAAGGGACUUCUCAGUGUAAAGAGUGGAGUUCAGGAGAAGAGAAAGAGUGUGGACAGCACUAGCUUUGAACAGCAAACACCAGGGAAACACAAAAAACACAAGAAACAAAAACACCAUAAACAUUAACAGGACUACAAAGAAAGUCUAAAUUCAUUUUGUGAGGAUGGCGUAGAAUUAUCUAAGCAGUAGUUAAAACAGUUAAAUAAAUAGAAAAGCCUUUGUCACGCAUUAAUGACAUGACAAUUUGGAUACACAGAUAUAGGUUUCCACUGACGAUAAAUUUUGUCAGAGACCAGAACUUUAAGGAUGGAUUAAGAUCUGGAUCCAGUGAGUGGAGAGCCAGCCUUGUAUUUUGAUGUUAUUUGUCAGCAGCACUGAUGUGAAAUACUAUUUCCAGAAUAAAUAAAUGAUCAUGCUUUUA